AUGGUCGGCAAAGUUAGCGAGCGUGUCCUCCUACGGGAAGGACUCGAGAGGACCGACAAUGGCAUGAAGCAGACCAGCUGGCCCGACGUGCCUCCCAUCAACCAGAAGAACUACUACACCGAGUACAUGAAGCGGGAUGACCAGGUCCUCGCCCUGCGAUUGCAAGCCGAGGCCACGCGAGAUCGUCUCGUGCAGAGUGCUAAAGACCGCGAUCGGGCUCUCGCGCGCAACGGAAAUGCCGAGGUCCCCCUGGCCUUGCCCGAUGCCGACCAAGAUGAGGCCGCCGCAGUUGACCCCGAUGCCAUGCUUGACCCGAGCAAGAUCAUCGUCAUCCAUCCCGGGAGCCAGAACCUGCGGAUCGGCUUUGCGAGCGACGCCCUGCCCAAGACCAUUCCCACCACCCUUGCCACCAAGUUCCCCCAGACCGAGUCGGAGAUCCACGAAGCAAUCCCCCGACGCAAGUUCGAGGGCAAGAGCCAGGACGACAUCUACGGGGAGGAGUGGUCCAAGAAGUACCAGAAGCAGUGCAGCGACUUGAAGGUCGACAUGCGCGCCAACAAGCGCAAGGUCUUGCCAAACUCCAAAGAACUGGUUACCAACUACAAUCGCAGGACCGAGCCCGAGAAGAUACCCACACACAACGAUCCCUUGCAGAUCGAGUGGACAGACAUCGCUACCUUGGAAGACCCCGAGUCGCCAGCUUCGGCCUUCCUCGGCCAGGCCGCCCUCAGGGUCCCGGACGACUCAAACCCAAAGUUCAAGCUGUGGUGGCCGAUACAGCAUGGCUGGCUCAACGAGGAUGAGUACGCCACGGCAGAGCACCUAUACGACGACUUCGAGACCUUGUUAGACAAGGCCAUCAGACAGGAGCUGGGGCUGACCAAGAACAGCACAUGGAAGGAGUACAGCUGCGUCUUCGUAAUACCUGAUCUCUACGACAAGCGAUACGUCGAGGCAGUCCUGAAGUCAUGCAUGACCUGGUUCGAAUUCAAGAGGAUAUGCUUCAUCCAGGAGAGCAUUGCGGGCUCUUUCGGUGCUGGCUACACCCAGGCUUGUGUCGUCGAUGUUGGAGCUCAGAAGACUUCAAUUGCCUGCGUCGAAGACGGCCUUAUGAUUGAAGACUCACGCAUCAACAUGAAGUAUGGCGGCUACGAUGUCACCGAAACAUUCAUCAAGAUGAUGCUUUACGACCAGUUCCCUUACCAAGAGAUCAACCUCAGGAGGCGCUACGACUUCUUGCUUGCCGAAGAGCUCAAGAUGAAGCAUUGCACCAUGUCUCAAGCCAACAUCUCGGUACAACUCUACGAAUUCCACCUCCGUGCACCUAAUCAACCUACCCACAAAUACCAGUUCAAGACCUACGACGAGGUUAUCCUAGCUCCCAUGGGCUUCUACGACCCUGCAAUCUUCGACAACAGCACCAAGCUUCGCGGCCGCAGGAAACUCAUCGAUCGCUCGUACAAUGCCUACGAUGUCCAGGUGCCCGACGACCCCCAAUCAGCGGCACAACUCGCUAUACUGGCAUUAGUCCAACCGUCCGUGGCCGAAUCGUCUGUGCCCUCAAAUGGAAUCAACCCGUCGGAUCCCAACGUUGCCACACCCAGCAAGGAGAAGCCGGCAUUCAACUUCCUUGCACGAGCAGAGGGCACGCCGAUGGGUUCGACGACUGCCAGCCCCGCGCCUGAAGGCGCCUCGACUCCGGUACCGCCGCCGUUCGUCUUCGGUAACAGCGGCACAGCUACUGGGACCGACUCACCCGCUCCUCCGGGCCCCAAUGGCAGGAAUGGGACCUCGCCUGCUCCGCCGGGCAUGUUCGUCGAUGCACAGGUACGGACAGCAAAGCAGAUUGCUGACGAGAGAGAUGCCGUCCUGCCUGUGGCGCCUCUCGAUAUUGCCAUUUUGACUUCUAUUCAGAAUGCGGCUAGAGGCGACGAGAAGAAGCUUCGUGACUACUUGGGUUCUAUCAUGGUCAUCGGUGGCGGCUCAAAGACACCACUGUUUACACAAACGCUCGAAGAGAAACUAAGGGCGAGACGACCGGAUUUGUUCGACCGUAUUCUGGUGUCCAGAAGUGCUAGAGAUAUGGACGAGCAAGUCGUUGUGUGGAAGGGUGCGAGUGUCUUCGCGAAGCUUGGCACCAACGAUAGUUGGAUCACACCUUACGAGUUUGAGCGACUCGGUAGCAGAAUUUUGCAUCACAAGGUGCUCUGGGCUUACUAG